UAAUGCCUUCACCUACGCUUGCCCAUAUUGAGAAGGUGCAGUUUUAUUUCAUUUAAUGCCCUCUGCUCUCCCUCCCUCUCUCUCUCUCUCUCAUGCCCUUCACCAUCACCAUUUCAUUCUUGUCUGCAAGAAGCAACACUCAGCAACCUACCUUUAACAAUUCUUGAAUCCAAAUCAGCAUCUUUGCUUCUCAACCAACACAAUCUUAAGCACAAUAUAUUAGAUGAAAGAAAAAGACCACCCUUUUAUCUUGUAAAUCUAUUUAAUAUAUAGGAUUUAAGUUCAUGUCUCCAAAAUUUGGUCCACUGUAUGUUCUUUCAUUCCAACUUUGUAGAUAUCUAACUUGAAGUUCAUUGGGUUGAAGUCUUUGUUUUGAAAAGAAAGAGCUCAAAAAGCUGGAAUUCCUGACAUGGGUAUUGAAGAAAAACAGAAAAAAAAUAUAUGGCUUUGUGGUUAUGAUUACAGAAAUUCCUGUCUGAGUUAGAACUCUUUGAUCUGAGUCUUGAAUCACACAUCCAUUGUUUGUUCAGUGGCUUCAAUGGGCAUUGUGAUUUAGUUUGGAUGGUUGGUUUGGCUUUCUGUAAUGGACAUUUGGAGCUGUUUGGGGGGCUUCAAGAUCCACCAAGGGAAGGCCAGAUUUCUUGCACAAGCUCUUAUCUUUGUGGUGGUUUCGGAUUUAUGGGGAUUGGUUUGGGGUCUAGGCUCCAUGUCUUCCAUUGCCAUUUCUUAUGGUGAGAACGGUCCUGUUUUCUGUGGCCUCAAGUCAGAUGGUUCUCAUCUAGUGUCUUGUUAUGGAUCAAAUUCAGCUAUAACCUACGCAACUCCAGCUCAUUUCGCCUUUACCGGUCUAACUGCAGGCAAUGGCUUUGUGUGUGGGCUCUUAAUGGACUCAAACCAACCCUAUUGUUGGGGAAGUAGUGGUUUUAUUGAAAUGGGAGUUCCGCAGCCCAUGAUCAAAGGGUCUGAAUACUUGGAAAUUAGCGCGGGCGAUCACCAUUUGUGUGGCUUGAGAAAACCCCUAACAGGAAGGCUCAGAAACACUUCUCUUGUUGACUGUUGGGGAUAUAACAUGACUUCAAACUAUGUGUUUGAUGGGCAGAUCAAAUCUAUCUCAGCUGGUUCAGAGUUCAACUGUGGAUUGUUUUCUCAGAAUAGAACUGUUUUCUGUUGGGGUGAUGAGACUAGUAGCCGAGUUAUUAGCCUAAUUCCCAAGGAAAUGAGGUUUCAGAAGAUUGCAGCCGGGGGGUUUCAUGUUUGUGGGAUUUUAGAGGGGUUGAAUUCCAGGUCUUUUUGUUGGGGAAGCAGCUUGGACCUUGAGGAAGAAAUCUCUGUGGUGUAUGCAGGUCAAGUUGGUGUCGACGUGGCUCCAAAAGAUCCGAUGAUUUCAGUUGUUGGAGGAAAGUUCCAUGCUUGUGGAAUCAAAAGCUAUGGUCAUGGUGUGGUUUGUUGGGGUUAUCGUGUUCCAAGAAGUACGCUGCCUCCCAAUGGCAUUAGGCUUUAUGAAAUUGCAGCUGGGGAUUACUUCACUUGUGGAAUUCCUGCUGAGAAAUCACUCCUACCUGUUUGUUGGGGUGCUGGAUUUCCACCCUCCCUACCAUUAGCUGUUACUCCCGGACUCUGCAAGCCGAGUCCUUGUGCCCCCGGUUUCUAUGAAUUCAACAAUGGGAGUGCACUUUGUAAAUCUCCUGGCUCCCACAUUUGCUUGCCCUGCAACAAUGAUUGCCCCAAUGAAAUGUAUCCAAAGACUGAAUGCUCUUCCAUGUCUGAUCAACAGUGUGAGUUCAACUGUUCUAGUUGUGUCUCAGCCAAAUGCUUCUUAAACUGCUCUAAUUCCAAUGCCUUGGUUGGAAAGAACAAUGGAAAUUUCUGGUCACUUCAAGUUCCAGUCAUUGUUGCAGAAAUCGCGUUUGCUGUGUUUUUGGUGAGUGUUGUAACUUGGACUGCAAUUAUAUAUGUUCGCUGCAAGUUGAGGAACUGCCGGUGCUCAGAAAAAGACUUGAAAUCCAAGAAAAAGAAUGGGACAGGUUCCUCUUCCCAAAGAGACAGCGGCAAAGUCCAACCGGACUUGGAUGAGCUUAGGAUUAGGAGAGCUCAAAUGUUUACUUAUGAGGAACUUGAGAGAGCCACUGGGGGGUUUAAAGACGAAUCUCAAGUUGGAAAUGGAAGUUUUUCGUGUGUCUUCAAGGGGGUCUUGGACGAUGGGACGGUUGUUGCAGUUAAAAAGGCUAUAAUGUCCUCUGACAAGAAGAAGAAUUCAAAAGAGUUCCACACUGAGCUUGACCUACUCUCGAGAUUAAAUCAUGCUCACUUGCUCAAUUUACUUGGCUAUUGUGAAGAAAGUGGAGAGAGGCUUCUGGUUUACGAGUUCAUGGCAAAUGGUUCUCUGCAUCAACACCUCCAUGGCAAGAACAAGGCCGUAAAGGAGCAGCUGGAUUGGAUAAGGAGAGUGACUAUUGCAGUUCAAGCAGCCCGGGGAAUUGAAUACUUGCACGGUUAUGCUUGUCCUCCUGUGAUUCACCGGGACAUAAAGUCCUCAAACAUUCUCAUUGAUGAAGAACACAAUGCUCGCGUAGCUGAUUUUGGUCUAUCUUUGUUAGGACCUGCCAAUAGUAGUUCUCCUUUGGCUGAGCUACCUGCAGGGACUCUUGGCUAUCUUGACCCUGAGUACUAUAGACUCCACUAUCUUACAACCAAAUCCGACGUCUAUAGCUUUGGUGUUUUGCUCUUGGAAAUUUUAAGUGGCAGGAAAGCCAUUGAUAUGCAAUUUGAAGAAGGGAAUAUAGUUGAAUGGGCAGUCCCUUUGAUCAAAGCCGGGGACAUAGAAGCGAUUUUGGAUCCAGUUCUGAAGCCCCCAUCUGACGUUGAAGCUCUGAAAAGGAUUGCAAUUGUGGCUUGCAAGUGUGUGAGAAUGAAAGGGAAGGAGAGGCCAUCAAUGGACAAAGUGACAACAGCUUUGGAGCGAGCGCUUGCACAAUUGAUGGGCAGUCCAAGUAACGAGCAGCCCAUUCUGCCAACGGAGGUGGUCUUGGGAAGCAGUAGAAUGCACAAGAAGUCCUCUCAAAGGUCUUCCAAUCGUUCAGCCUCAACCGAUGUGGCAGAAACCGAGGACCAAAGGUUCGAACUCAGAGCUCCUUCGUGGAUUACCUUUCCGAGUGUUGCUUCUUCUCAGAGGAGGAAGUCCACGGAUUUGGAUGCAGACGUAGAAGGGAGGAACUUGGAAGCUAGAAAUGUGGGCAAUGGUGGAGGCAUUGGCGACGCGUUGAGAAGUUUGGAUGAAGAGAUUGGGCCUGCUUCUCCUCAAGAAAACUUGUUCUUGCAGCACAACUUCUAAUGGUUCAGCAGAAAACAGAAAAUCACAUUUGAGGUACUAAAGCAUCAAACACAUAGAAGAUUCUUGAUUAAUUUGUGUUUGGGGGAAUGUAAAGAGAAGAAUGAGAGAGAGAGAGAGAGAGAGUGAUGUAACUGUCUCGAUUACUACUUAUUUUGUUGUCAUCACUGCUUCACUACCAUCAAAUGUUUCAUUUGUGCAACUUCAGCUGCUUGUUUAUGCAUUCGAAUCUGACAAUUUGCUGGUUUUCUGUUCUUUGUAAAACUGGAUUAUCAUUGUAUCAGUAGAUUUUGUACUGGCAUUCUUCUAUUUCUUCAGACUGUAGUAACUUUUUGGCCUUAUAUUUGUGUUUAAAAUUGUGACAAAUUAGUUUGCAGUUGUUUAUGUGCUGGAAACUUAGUAUUUUGGUACUUAAAACAUAGCCUUUAUCUCGUACAAACGAAUUAGCCAUGUGAAUUCUUUUCUCUUUAGAAUUGGCAAAAUUUAUAUAUAGAGCAAUGUAUUUGCUA